AUGUCCAGAGGCGCUAGCGCUCUCUCUGUCGCUGUCGCCGCCGCCGCCGCUGCCGCCGCCGCCGCCGCCGCCGCUCCGAGUUCGGCUUCGGCUACGGCUGCGGCUGCGGCCUCAGCUACGGCCGGCCCCCAAACCCUUAUAGCCCGGCCCCGUGACGCGCGGCCACGCCCCCCAUUCGCCGGUAUCCAGGAGACACAAAGGCGCCCUGGCAACGGGGGAGGGGGAGGGGGCCUGCGGGGCGGCUCGGGACCCCGGAGGAGGACAGGCCCUCUUCCAAAAGAGUUUGCUCACCUGACUAACGGGGAAAGGUUUUGCAUGACUAUACGUACCACCAACAUACACUAUGUGGCAGCCUACCUCCUGGCGGUCCUUGAUGGCAAUGACUCGCCAAACUCCAAGGACCUAAAAAAGAUCCUGGACAGUGUGGGCAUCAAGAUGGAUGAGGAGUGUCUGAAGAAGGUCAUCUGUGAGCUGAGCAGCAAGAACAUAGAAGAUGGGAUUGCUCAGGGGAGCAGUAAACUGGCCUCCAUGCCCUCCUGUGGUGCCGUCGCUGUUGCUGCCAGUGUUGGCUCUGCUGCCCCAGCUACUGCUGGUGCUGCCUCUGCUACUGCAGAGGAGAAGAAGGAAGAAAAGAAGGAGGAGUCAGAAGAGUCUGAUGAUGACAUGGGCUUUGGUCUCUUUGACUGA